AUGGCCUCUGUAAACAAGAUCACACCCGGUUGCAAUGCUAUCGUUUAUUUUAUUCUGCGUCAAAUGUGCGAACGAUUGAUCGAUAUCAUCAAUCCGGACGACUGGGAGUUGAUAGCCCAACGCCUUGGCCUCCACAAGGACACCCUGUUGCUGCUUGAGAAGGAACUUCCUGGCGCUAACAACUUUCGUCAUCGAGUCUCGAGAGCGCUUGGGUACUGGAGCGGAUUUGCGUUCUCCGAUGCCUCCUUGAUUGGAAAGGCUCCGGGCCAAGGCAUUCCAGUAUCCACGAUGAACUUAGAAACCCCUAAAACUAGCCCAUCAGCAACUGACGAUCCGAAUAAGGUGAAUUCAAUUAUAAGGGGAAAUAUUUAUUUAUUUAUUUAUUUCAAAUGGCAGGCGUUUUGA